AUGGCAAACAGAGGCUAUGAUGUCGUAGUAGACGUGGAUGCUGAGGGCGACCUCGGGCAUACCGACCUGCAAGAAGACCUCGAAUUCCACUCGUCUAACUUCGAAAGCGACCAAAGAAACGCCAAACCCCAAGGCGACUCAGCCCCGUUCCUGGGCGGCGGAUCGUCGCGCAACCGCGACCGAUCCCCUGGCGGCACACCAACCAAGCACAGCUGGUGGUCUCUGCACUACUAUGAGCGGUUCUUCGAUGUCGAUACGAACGAGGUUUUCCGCCGCUGUGUUGCUACCCUGUACCCGCGUACCAACUUCCUUGAUGUGCUAGAGGGUAAUGCAGACCUCUACGGACCAAUUUGGAUCGCAACUACGGUGGUUGUGAUUCUGUUUUUGACGGGUACUAUCUCGCAAUGGCUGUCGAACAAUGACGACAAGCACUUCGAGUAUGACUUUACGCUGCUCUCCGGUGCCGCCGGGUUGAUCUAUGGGUAUACGGGUAUCUUGCCCAUUGCGUUGUGGGGUGCGCUGCGUUGGUUCGGCAGCUCCACGGCUGACCUUAUAGAAUGCUGGGCUUUGUACGGGUACUCGAAUUUGGUUUGGAUUGCUGUUGCGUUGGUGAGCUGGAGUCCAUUGACUGCGCUUAAUUGGGCGCUUGUUGGCGUUGGCUUUGCUUGGACUGUCUUUUUCCUUCUGCGGAACUUGUACCCGGUUUUGAAUGCUACGGAUGCUAAGGCCAGCAAGAUCCUUUUGAUUUUGGUUGUUGUUCUGCACGCGGCACUGGCCAUUGCCAUCAAGGUGCUUUUCUUUGCUCAUGGGAGCCCCGUCUCAAAGAAGAACAAGGAGACGACCAAUGAUGACGACAAGAAGGAUGACAAGCGGGGGAUGAUGUUCAUGGCAUAG